CUGAGUGACUUACUUGCUUUCUCGAGGCUCUGCAAGUGGGUAGUUCCUGCAGGGAGCGGCUGAGAAGGAGGGCGUGCACUUCUCCGUCAAGGGUGGAUCAAGCACUUGGAGAUUCAUGUGGGCCCCAGACCUCCAGGCCAGACUGGGGAAUGAUGCUGUUUCUACUGCACUAGGAGCGCUGUGGACAGCCAUGACAUCGGAGGGGGGCUGUCGCCAGCGGGAAUCCUCCAGCAGGAGGCGAAAGCACGCGGAGCGAGGCAGGGGUCAGGUCACCGCGGCCUUCUUGGCUAGGACACGUCUGCACGGGCUGCGAUACACGUGCUCUCAGAGCGCCUCCUGCAGGCAUCGCGCCUUCUGGCUGCUGGCGCUCUGCACCUCCCUCGGCCUGCUCCUGUCCUGGUCCUCCAACCGCUUCCUCUACUGGCUCUCCUUCCCCACCUACACCAAGGUGCACAUGGAGUGGGCCAAGGAGCUGGACUUCCCCACCGUCACCAUCUGCAACAACAACUUGGUCCGCUUCUACAAACUGACCAAGAGCGACCUGUACUUUGCCGGACACUGGCUGGGCCUCCUCCUGGCCAACCGGACGGCCCGGCCGAUUGUCCUCGACCUGCUGCAGAAUGAGCGGCAGACCUGGUUCAGCAAGCUUUCUGACUUCAGUCUCUUCCUCCCGCCCCGAAACUUUGAGGGCACCAACAUGGAGUUCAUGGACCGUCUGGGGCACCAGCUUGAGGACAUGCUGCUCUCCUGCAAGUACCGAGGAGAACCAUGUGGACCACAGAACUUCUCCUCCGUUUUCACCAGGUACGGGAAGUGCUACAUGUUCAAUGCGGCGGAGGAAGGGAAGACCCUGCGCACUACAGUGAAGGGAGGGACCGGGAACGGUCUGGAGGUCAUGCUGGACAUUCAGCAGGAUGAAUACCUGCCUGUGUGGGGGGAGACAGAGGAGACGGCGUUCGAGGCAGGAGUGCGAGUACAGAUCCACAGCCAGGCCGAGCCCCCCUUCGUUCACGAGCUCGGGUUUGGAGUUGCCCCCGGAUUCCAGACUUUCGUUUCAACGCAAGAACAGAGGUUGACCUACCUGCCUCCUCCUUGGGGGGAGUGUCAGUCCAUGGCCCUGGAGUCCGGAUUCUUCCAGGUAUACAGUGUCACAGCCUGCCGGAUCGACUGUGAGACACGCUACAUUGUCGAGAACUGCAACUGCAGGAUGGUGCACAUGCCAGGUGAUUCCCCUUUCUGCACUCCUGAACAGUACAAUGAAUGCGCUGAGCCGGCACUAGCAAAGCUGUCUGAAAGGGACCACAAUAACUGCAUCUGCCGGACCCCCUGCAACACGACCCGCUACAAUAAGGAGCUGUCCAUGGUGAAAAUCCCCAGUAAGACUUCAGCAAGAUACCUGGAGAAGAAGUUCAACAAGUCUGAGAAAUACAUCACGGACAACAUCCUGGUCCUGGAUAUAUUUUUUGAAGCCCUGAACUAUGAGACAAUUGAACAGAAAAAAGCGUAUGAAGUGGCUGGUUUACUGGGUGAUAUCGGUGGUCAGAUGGGACUGUUCAUCGGAGCAAGCAUCCUGACAAUACUUGAGCUGUUUGACUAUGCCUAUGAGGUGAUGAGAGACAAAUUGCUGGACUUAAUGAUUCGAGAGGACGAGGAAGGGAGCCACAGGGAGGAUGUGAGUACAUGUGACCCGGUGGCGAACCACUCCGAGGCCAUCAGCCACAAUGUCAGCAUGCCCCUGCAGACUACGCUGAGUACGCUGGAGGAGAUCACCUGCUAGUGCCUCCCAGUCGCCUCUGACAUCCACCAGCCUGGACAGCAGCAACAGGGCUUCUCACGAAACUGUGCAGGGGACCUGCUCAGCAUUGACUGAGUAUCCUUGGAACAAACUCAAGGUCAGAAGAAAACCAAGAGCUUUGCUGCAACACGAUGCACAAUUGGGACUUCAAAUGAACUCUCUGUGAGUGAAGACAGAGACAAAAGGUCUCUGAUUUCAUGGAUGAUACAAAAUCAGUCCACUGAGGGCAUCUGUAUAGCUUUCACUCUCUGUCAUUCACAAUCUACUGCCAAAUUGUAUAUUUGCCAACUGUCCCACUUGCAUGUUGGUUCUUUGGAUACAGUGCUUUUUACUAAUGUCAAGACUGUUGUUUUGCUUUGCUGUAUAUCUCUAAACGGAAACUAUGAAACUAUACGGCUUACAAGGCAAAACUUGGAGUGCCACUGUGGGAAAAUCUUACUCAGAGGGUCAUAGUGAGUCAGUGCUCCAAUAUUUGCUUUCUUUCUCAAUCAAAUGCUGUGUGUAACAAAUAAUUUAAUGUGCAACUCUCAUUCAUUUUAUGCUCACACAUUGAUUUGUGGAUCACUGACACUGGGCUAUUAUGGAAGCCCUGAAGGGCAAUGUCAAAGAAAAUAAAAUUACUUACAAAGUG